GCCAUUUUGUCGGCGACUGUUGCCCACCAGGUAGCCAUGGUAGUCACGUGACUGCAAAGUAUGAAUUGAGAGUUGGGUGAUUUAAAGAGGGAUACACUGCUCGUCUCAUUGAAAACGAAUAUUUCCGUCUUAUCUUAAUUAUCCCCUUCCCCCCUGAAAUGAACCCCCACUGCUCUGUGUCUGCAGAGGAGGUCCUCCAGACCCAAGUGGCCCACUGGUGGUCUCCAGACGGGGAGCGCCUUGCCUUCCUGGUCCUCAACGACAGCCUGGUGCCCAACAUGGUGCUGCCACGCUUCACCGGCAUGACCUACCCUAGAGGCAAGCAGUACCCCUACCCCAAGGCGGGCCAGGCCAACCCCCAGGUGAAGCUGUACGUGGUCAACCUGUACGGCCCCACCCACACCCAGGAGCUCACCCCCCCAGACAGCCUCAAACUCCGGGAGCACUACGUUACCAUGGUGAAAUGGAUCAGUAAGACCAAGACGUGUGUGCGGUGGUUGAACCGAGCCCAGAACAUCUCCAUCCUCACCGUGUGUGAUACCACGACAGGUGCCUGCGUCAAGAGACAUGAGGAGAGUUCUGAGCUCUGGCUUUCCAAGCAGAAUCAGGAGCCGGUCUUCUCCAGAGACGCCAGCCGCUUCUUUCUCACCGUUCCUGUAAAGCAGGGAGGGCGCGGAGAGUUCCACCACAUCGCCAUGUUCACCACACAGUUCAGAACAGACCAGAACGAGGUUCGUCACCUGACCUCGGGCAACUGGGAGGUGACCAAGAUCGUGGCGUAUGAUGAAGACAACGACAACCUUUACUUUCUCAGUACAGAAGGAUCGCCACGACGACGUCAGCUGUUCAGUGUGAAAACCGUGGGCCUGUUCCCGAGACACUGCCUCACGUGCGAGCUCAACAAAGCCCACUGCCUGUACUUCGAGGCGGACAUCAGCCCCACCAACCAGCACAUCAUCCUUCACUGUAAAGGUCCAGGAGUUCCUACUGUGAUCCUACACAACCUCCAUAAUGCCAAUUACUACAUCCUAGAGAACAACUCCCAGCUAAAGGCAGCGUUGAAAUCCAAGAGGAUCCUACUGACAGACUUCCGGACAGUACAGAUUGAACAUUUUGAUUUACCUUUGAAGAUCUCCUACCCCCCAGACUUCUCUGAAUCCCGUCACUACGGUCUACUUUUACUGAUCGACGGCUCCCCCGGUGGCCAGUCGGUGAAUGACCGCUUCUUUCUGGACUGGGACUCAGCGCUGGUGAGCUCGGAAAACAUCAUCGUGGCCCGUCUAGACGGGCGGGGCAGUGGCUUCCAGGGCCAGAGGGUCCUCCAUGAGCUGCACCAGCGCCUGGGGACCGUGGACGUCCAGGACCAGAUCGCAGCAGUAGAAUAUAUGAUGAAACUCCAAUAUAUUGAUCGAACGAGGAUAGCAGUAUGUGGAAGGGGUUACGGGGCCUACCUGGCGUUAAUGAUGCUGAAGUCUACUGACGGUCUGUUUAAAUGUGCCUGUGCCAUCUCCCCGGUCACAGACUGGACAUUAUACGCAUCAGCCUUCUCAGAGCGAUAUCUGGGAACACCACUAUGGGAUGACAGCAGAUAUCAGUUCUCCAGCGCGCUCCAAAACGCUCAGGCCUUCCGGGAGCAGACACUGAUGCUGGUGCAUGGCACGGCGGAUGCCAAUGUUCACUUCCAGCACACUGCUGAGCUAAUCAAGAACCUGGUGAAAGUUGGAGCGAAUUACACAAUGCAGAUCUACCCGGAUGAGGGUCACUUCCUGUCUCGACAGAGCCGCCAGCACCUCUCUGCCACCCUGACAAGUUUCUACAGGGAAUGCCUACAGGAACAGAUUCUACCGCUCAGCGAGGAAGAGGAGGAGGAGGAGGAGUAGGCGAGUGUCAUAUUGGGGUCAGACCUUUUUGACAUGGCGCCAUCUGCUAUGUAGAAUCUGGCUAAAGAACCCGCUGACGAGGAGCUGUUUGGCGUUUGGAACAAGUGUUCAUCUAGAAGUGGACACCAAGAGCAGUCUCGGCUCGGAAAUGUGUGUAUGGUGCGCGAGGGAGUGUGUGUGUAUGCACGUUUGUGCACAUCUGUGUGAGUGUGUCUGUGACCACUGUUCUGGCGUGAGGAACGCGGCUUGUGUGAGUGGGUACGGUUGUGUAUUAUCGUUUCGAAUAGAUCCCUAAAAGGACACCUGUUGACUACAACGAACAGCCAGGACAAAGUAACUCAAUCCCCAGCCCCAAAACUCCACCUCCUCCGACACCACCUCCACUUCCCCCACCUCCCCAAACACCACCCCUAACACAACCCCCAACCCAACCUCCACAGCUCCGCAACACCACCCCAACCUCCACACAACACCACCCCCGGCUGCCCCAACACCCACCCCCGGCUACCCCAACACCACUUCCAGCUCCCCCAACACCACCCCCAGCUCCCCCAAAUACACCUACAGCUAGUGUCUUCUCACUAGAAACCCUGGAAUCCUGCGAUCAUCUCUGGGGAAAGCACGGGGGGCUGUCCUCAUUCCCAUCUGUACAGCACGCAUUUCUAUUUAUUUUUUCACCCGCUGGUUGUCUUUGCAGCAGCGAAAAAUUGUAAGGAGGUGGAUGUCUAAUAUCCACACACAGAGGACGCCAGCCCCUUCUUCAUUACCUCUUCACUGAGCUCUGCUACUGAAGUUCAGCACAAAUGGUUCAAGGGUGAGUUCACCUCCGAUCCUGAGACUGAGCUCUGCUACUGAAGUUAACAGAAGUGAUUCACUGGUGAGUUCACCACCGAGCCUCUCUACUGAGCUCUGCUACUGAAUUUAACACAAGUGAUACACUGGUGAGUUCACCACAGAGCCUCUCUACUGAACUCUGCUCCUGAAUUUAACACUAGUGAUUCACUGGUGAGUUCACCACCAAGCCUCUCCACGACAAAGUGCAAUUCCUGCCCGCGUCCUCCACCAUAACUCCAUAUCUACGCUUCAUUUAUUUCUUUCAGGUAACACUUUAGUGAAAAAAAGGAUCUUCUGUGGACAUGUACAAUGCCUUAUAAGGUUCGAUAAACUCUACGAUUAUGUGCUUGGACUUCAACAUCUACGGUUGGUUAAUGCCUGUCUGUGGAAACUCAGGUCCUGCACUAACACCAUCGCACCGUACUGAUUUUGUUCUCAGAAAUGGCUGACUACGUCAAGCGGUAGAGACGUGGAGCGCAACGUGAUGGAUUAUUUUAGAAGAUGGCUGCCUUGGUUUGGUAUUGAUUUAAGCAGAAAAUAUGUCCCUCUUGAUAUACCGUGUCAUUUCCCAAUAUUAGCGCUCUAGUUAAAGUGAGAUAUCUGACAAUGAAGUGAGAUCCCAUUUUUUUAUUGCAAAAAAAACGUAAUUAAACAUAGGUAUAUAUACCUUUAUCAGAAAACAAAAUUAAACUAGUUUUGUAGUCUCAAGUGAAAUAGCCCGACUCCCAACCCAAUGGUGUUUGCCCCUUGAUGAUAAAUGGUGAUCAAUAGAAAAAGCUUUGUUUUGUUCAGGUGGUUGUUUUUUCCCGGUGUGUAACCUAAAGGUGUGUGCAUGUCUACGCAGGAGAACGUGAAAAGGUGUUGCCACGUUUUGUACAGUACAAUGCAAGAGUGUGUACAUACAUCUAUUUUUGAGACCGCUGUGAACUCUGGGCGGAGCGGGCGGGUCCAGGCGGAAGUCUUGUACAGUACGUGUUCUUUUUCC